AUGGGCUACUACUCGACCACAGCAACCACCGCAUACCAACAUUAUCAAGCUUAUACAUCCCAUUAUCCACAGGCGGCAUAUGCGCAUUACCCAUAUGCACCUCAACAAGCACAGCACCAACCUGUCAUGGCGGCGAGACAGCCGGCUGCCCAAGCGCAACAAUCUGCGAGUAGUGGCAUGGACACGGCUGAUAUUGCCACCCUCAACGAUGCAUUGGGAAGCGCAGGUGUAGAUCUCAGGGCAGAGGAAGAGUCCCUGCAACGCUCACACGACCAAAGCCAAUCCUACCGGUCCUACGAAGACCGCACCCGCAAACAACCCUCCAAACCCGCCUUUGACACCCGCAUCCUAGGCACAACCAUGCGCGCCGUGGGCACCCAACAUAAAAUCACCCGCAUCCCCGAAGACUCGGUCAACUACCUCGCCCUCGCCCUUCGUGCACGACUACAAGACCUCGUCACAGCCAUGAUCACCGCAUCCAAACAUCGCACGGACACGCAGUUUGACCGGCCAGCGUCGUUCUACGAAGAUGGGGUCACUCCCAUGUGGAGCAUCUUGGUACGGAGCGAUGUGGCGAAGCAGCUAGCGGCGUUGGAGAAAGUGGAGAGGGAAGAAGAAAUCAAGAUAAGAAAAGAGAGGAAAGAGAGGAUGGAAAUGGCCGCUGCGCACGCUGCUGCACUCGCAGCUCAAGCUACAGGCGCCGGACUAGGCGGGGACUCUUUAGCUGGCGGAGCUGGUGGCUUAGACGAGGAAGGCACGAAGCGAAAGAGGAAGAAAGAAGGUCCGGGCGUGACAGCUCGAAACAUGUCUGAAGACGUGCGCAAGAAAAUGUCCAAUGCCGUUGCGACACAAGCAGCUGGUUUGGGUGGAAAGUACGCAUGGAUGAACGCGGCAAAUGCAGCAGCUGCCAACGCUACACCUAAAAAGCCUGCCCCCGCUGCUGCUCCCAUCACCCCUGCCCCAGCUGCAGUAACCUCUGCUAGUCCUGUAACUCCCCUGGCUCCGUCACCUGCGACCACUAUGGCUCCAGCUGCUGGUGCUCCUGGUGCAGGGGGGAGUUCGUGGGCACGGCCGUAUGUCCCGACGAAGAAAAUGGAUGUUGCGUCGACGCCUGUGGAGGAAGACACGCGGACGCUGGUGACGAUGCGCGAUGCGAUGUUCGUGGUGGAGAAGGAGAGGGGGCAUGGUGGUGGGAAGGGCGCGGCUAGGGGUUGGGUAUAG